GGUAGAGGCGGUAGAGCGGCAGAAGCGGCGGAGGGAAAGAGCCAAGAACCAAAAGUCGGUGUUUGAACCGGAGGAGGAGAAAAUAAACCAUGCCGAAUCCGUGAAACUGGAACAUCUUCACAUCUCCCCGCCGUGCAUCGUUGAGCUGUGCGGGUUGGAGGCCGAUCGAGGUGAUACCUCAUUGGCUGGUGUGACCCCGGCAGGCCCACCGCCUCUCAAGGUGGGCCCCGAUUGGCUGGACCUGCACUGGGGAGAGAAUGGCCGGCACCGCUGCCGUCAGCUGAAGAGCUAAGCCCCGCUGUUUCCUCCUCCGCCUCCCUCACGUCACUGUUCAUUGCUAUGUUGUGAACUGUGACUCCCUCCAACCGAUUCGCUGUAGAGUACUAUGGCAAUGCAUGAUAUGAGUCGUGCCAAGGGUUUCCCCUGUAAAGCGUGUGAUAUGGUUUGUCCGAGUACUCCAAGUCUUCUAGAGCAUAUGAAAGCACAUUAUCAGCAAGAAGAAAACGGACGAUUUGAGUGUGAACAGUGUGGCCGAAUCUACAAGCACGCAGCCAGCCUCGCUAAUCAUAAAAAAUCUCACGAAGUCGGUUCAUUCCAGUGUCCUGUUUGUACGCGUACCCUGCCUAACGCGGUCGCUUUGAAGAACCACCUACGUAUCCAUACAUUGUCCCCCAGUAGUGCACACACAGAAGAAGAGAGCGAAGAAGUUCCUGAAGAGCCGGGCCACGACGAGAGGGACUACGGUCUCGCCCAAGACCUCUCGGACGGGUUCGGGCGCUCCCAUUUGAAUAAUAGUGGUAUGGGACAUAGUGUCCUACAAAGCCACGAGACAGACGACCACGGAAAAAAAGGCUCCCCAGAAUCUGACGACGCUUGGGACAGACCCUUCAAGUGCGAUCAGUGCGACAGAACCUACCGGCACCACGGUAGCCUGGUGAACCACAAGAAGUGUCACCAGCAAGGAACUUUUAAGUGCUCUGUGUGUUUUAAACAAUUUGGCAACCUGGCUGCCCUAAACAGCCACGAGAGAACUCACUCGAAGUUCAAGACCCCCGGGGCCUCCAUGGUGAGCAGUAGCAGCAGCCUCCAUGAGGAGCGCAGCAGUGGCACCCAGUCAUCAAGUGACGACACAGCCUCGUGUUUCUGCCACCUGUGUCAGAUAGCGCUGCCCAAUAAGACAGACUUUCAGGAGCACAUCCUGCUACACAACUCGGCCUCCCCCUCUCUUGGCCUCCCACGCAGUUUCCCCGGCAUCAUGCCCCACAAUCUGAGUGCGGUCCGAACCCCAGCAUACACCCCUGCCCUUGGGGACCCUCUGCCCCUGCCACCCCUGCCAAGUGACAAAAGAGGUCCCUACGACCCCAUAAUGGGUCCCCCAGUCAACAAUCCCAUCUACACAUGCGCAUACUGCGGCGCAGGACACCCAGAUCUGGAGACUCUGAAGGUCCACUAUCUGACCCAUGAUCCCCACCCUGCCUCCCAUGGCCAGGACAGCAUCCUCAACUCGGACACACUAAGCUCUGGGUCACAGGGCUCUGUGUCUUCCCCCUCUGGAGGUCGUGUGCCACAGGCCAAUUCUCCAGAUGAUGGAGAGCGGCGUUUUAAGUGUGGGGAGUGCGGCAAAAGCUACCGGCAUGCAGGAAGCCUGGUGAACCACAAACGCUGCCAUCAGACAGGCCACUACCAGUGCACCAUCUGCUGCAAGCAGUACCCUCACCUGGCAGCGCUACACAGCCACCUACGAAGCCACAAAGGGCGUCCCUCCAACCAGCCUAUUAACAAUGACAGCAAUGACUGGCUAUCUCCGGAGCCGCUUACUCUAGACUCCCAGCAGAGCUACGUCCAGGAAGGCAGCGGAGCCACCACUCCCAUCUCACUGCCGGGAAAUCUUGGUGAUGCUGCCCACUUUGUACCUGACGGUGGCCACAGCAGUGGGUUGGACUCUCUUGAGUUCCACGAUCGCUUUGAUGGCAGCUCACUUUCCCAGAGCAACUCUGCUCACCGUCAGGCUGACAGACACGUAUGUGCAGACUGCGGUGAGAUGUAUGGAGAUGUAUCUGGCAUCAAGUCGCACAUGUGUCCCCGUCGUGGCCAGCAGCCGCAACAGCAGCAGAGCAACAUGUCCAACGGUUUCAUGGGGAGCAUGAACUACCACAGCUCCAGUGGAACCUCGCUGCCCGCAGGAAGCUCCAGCAGCCUGAAAGAAAGCAGCAGCCAGCGACAAUACUCCCAGAGCGGAGGUAAGAGGAUGGGUAGCAAUGACAAAGAUGACGAUGAUGAUGGAGAAGUAUAUCAGUGUUCAGUUUGUGGAAACCAUUACGCCAGCCUCAGAGCCCUCAGAAGCCACCUGCGUAGCCAUGCCAAUAACCCAACAGGGCCAGGACCUUCCAACCUGGAGCAGGAGUGGAGGAUGAUCUGCUCCACCUGUGGCCAGAGCUUCUCCAGGAAGCAAGACCUUCUGAAUCACCAGUUGGUCCAUGGCCCCCAAAGGCCCGAUGGCCAGCAACAGAGUAUCGUAGGCAGCUCAGCCAAUGGCAACGACAAGAUGGACGGACGCAACCACAUUUGUGUCGACUGUGGCAUGUUUUUUGCUGAUCGCCACCAUCUGAUCACCCACCUGUGCCCUGGCAAAAAUCGGGCCACCUCAUUGAGCAAGCAGGGCCUAAAUGGAGCCAAAGGGAUGUCUGGAGGAGACGGUGUUGGCGGUGGGGUCGCCGGAGGAAGCCGUGAUGUUGGCGGCGAUGGACGUAGGCCUUUGGUUGACCAAAGUGACAAGCCCCACAAGUGCGACCAAUGUGGACGAGGGUACAGACACCCCUGCUCACUCCUGAACCACAAGAAGUCCCAUAAGACUGGUGUCUUCCGCUGCCUGGUUUGCCAGAAGCGCUACUACAAUCUGCUGGCUCUGAAAAAUCACCAAAGGACCCACUUUGACCUAAAGAGGCACAAGUGUGAAGAAUGUGGCAAGGCUUUCAAGAUCCAAAAGCAGCUCAUCAACCACCUCCGUCUCCAUGAGGAGCACCGAGCCAAAGGUCUUGUUCGGACCGGCCCCAAUGGUUCCCGCUUCCAGCAGCCUGGCCCGUCUCAAAUGCAGACAAUGAGAGGAGAAUCAUCAAAGGGCCAGGCGAUGGGCAUGAAAUACAGCCACCAAGGGUUCAAAAAGCCCUACUCUUCAGCUGGAACUUCCAGGCCCCAAAAGUUUGACCCAGCAGAAAGUGGAAGGCGGCCUUUUGCCUGUGAAGAAUGUGGCAAGACAUACCGACACGCAGGCAGUCUGGCCAAUCACAAGAACCUUCACAAAAUCGGGGAGUACCACUGCAAUGUUUGCAACUCCACAUAUCCCAACAGGCUGGCAAUGAAAAACCAUCUACGUCUCCACUUCGCCCAGAAGAAGCACAACUGCCAAGAGUGUGGAAAGGGGUUUCGCACCCAGAGGCAGCUGGCCACCCACACUACAGCCGGCCUCUGCAAAGGACCACAAGGGCCUGGGGUCCAGAUGGAUUUUGAGUGUGAUGGCUGCUGUGAAGGCUUUGCCACGGCUGAUGAACUUGCAGCCCACGAUUGCCCGGCCCAGCACCUGCCUUCAUCCUCCUCCACCAACAGCUCCACCAACAUCAGUAUGGAGAGGAGCUCUGUGGACCUGGACUCUGACGAGAGACCCUAUGCCUGUGACCUGUGCAGCUGUGCCUACAAACAUGCAAGCUCCUUGCUGAACCACAAGCACACCCACAAGACGGGCAACUUCCGGUGCAACUUCUGCGACAAGCCCUACACCAACUACAUGGCGCUGCGCAACCACAUGCGUAUCCACACGCAGCGGAAGAAGCACAUCUGCCACACGUGUGGGAAAGCCUUCCGGCUGGCCAGGUUCCUCCGAAACCACCAGAAGGUCCACGAGGAGGGUGCCACCCCCUUUGGCUGCCCCACCUGUGGGAAGAGUUUCCAGGGGAGAUCUGGUCUAGCCAGGCAUCGCUGCGGGGACAACCAGGUAGGCAUGGAAGUCAGGAGGAAGGCCACUGCACCGCCAGGAGAGGGCGAGGAGUGUCGGUACACAUGUGAUCAGUGCGGCCGCUCCUACCGCCACGCCAGCUCCCUCCUCAACCACAAGAAUACCCACACUGUCGGCAUCUACCACUGUGCCGUGUGCCUCAAGACAUACUCUAACCUGCUUGCCCUGAAGAACCACCGCCGUAUCCACUCAGAGACACGGCGCCACCGUUGCCACGACUGUGGCAAGGCCUUCCGUGUUUCCUCUCAGCUCUACAACCACAGACGCGUCCACCAGAAGCAGCGGGAGCUGACCUGCCGGUCCUGCCAACGAGCCUUUCCUACACAGGCCAGCUUCAGGCUCCACAUGGAGAUCACCCAUGGACAGACACCGCAGCCCCGCCAGCCCAGACCCCAGCAGCCUCGACCGGGUGGCUCCCAGGAGCUGGGCUGGGGGUCAGGUCUGGACCUCACCUUGAUGCAAGAGCAAGGACUUAACCCCGGCAGCAUGGCGAAAGCCCGCAGCCGUGGGGGCCAUGGUGAGGUCAUUAAAUCGCAUGUCUGCGAUCAGUGUGGCCGAUCUUACCGCCACGCCAGCUCCCUGCUCAACCACAAGAACAGCCACAAGACCGGGACCUACUUCUGCAACUCCUGCCAGAAGGAGUUCCCUAACCUGAUGUCCCUGAAGAACCACCGCCGGAUCCAUACCGAGCCCAAACGCUAUCAGUGCCCCGACUGCGGCAAGUCCUUCCGUGUCUCCACCCAACUCAUCUGCCACCGGCGCAUCCACACCAAGGAGAAGCCGUUCUCCUGCCAGCAGUGCGACAAGCGCUUCUCCUCCAAGUCCAACCUGAGGCACCACAUGAAGGUGCACUGGAGCGGCUCGACGGCGCCCCCUCCCAUGGCCAUGGGUGCGCCCAACUUCUUGGAUCUGAGCCCGGUGGGCUCGACCAGCGGCUCCAAGAGUUUCGUGUGCGGUCAGUGUGGCCGCUCUUACCGCCACGCCAGCUCGCUGCUCAACCACAAGAACAGCCACAAGACCGGAACCUACUUCUGCAACUCCUGCCAGAAGGAGUUCCCCAACCUGAUGUCCCUGAAGAACCACCGCCGGAUCCACACUGAGCCAAAGCGCUACCGCUGCCCAGACUGCGGCAAGUCCUUCCGCGUGUCCACGGCGCUCAUUUGCCAUCGGCGCAUCCACACCAAGGAGAAGCCGUUCUCCUGCCAGCAGUGCGACAAGCGCUUCUCGUCGCGCUCCAACCUGAGGCACCACAUGAAGGUUCACUGGCGGGGUCCGCCGCUGUCCAGGGGGCGGUCCUCCGCCUUCCUCAGCGUCCUGUCCAGGCCGCUCACCUGAGGGUCCGAGCCCACCGGACUACCAGGACCACAUCCGGAUCAGGAUUUCAAUCUGAACCUGAAAACUGAAAUCACAUUUAUGUCUGAGCUGCGACCCGUCAGUGUGAACUACGACUCCCAGGGUGCAUUUCACCAACAAACAGCCAAUCACAGAGCGUUUUUAUUUGACUGAUGAUUUUUUUUUUUUUUUUUACAAAUUCUGAUUCAGAAAAGUAAAAAAUUAAUUUCUAUCAUUCAAUUUCAAUUUCAGAAUUUUAACCACUAGAUUUGAUUUUCUUAUUAUUUUAGAUCCAAACAUUGUAUUUUUUUGCUCUGUUAAAUUAUUUAAAAAUAUAUCUAUUUUGAAAAAGAAAACAUUUUUUAUUUCAAAUUGCUUUUAAAGUGAACAAUAAUAAAUAAAUAUAUUUGAAUUACAUUUAAAAAAGUACUACAAUCUAUAAAAAUAAUGAAUUUUAAAUUGGUAUUCCAUAAUGGAUAUAAUAUUUUUUCUGAGUCCAUAAAGUUUUCUGGAUAUUUCAGAUGAUUUCACACUGAUGGUUUUGACAGUAAAAUAUUUAAUCUGUUUCUGAUUGAGAUCCUGAUCUGAGGCUUUGAGACGCAGCCAGCACAGGAGGAUUGUGGGUCUCGUUGUCGAAGCUCCAGUUUGUUGCUCUCCUGUAAUCUUUGUUUCUUGAUUUGAACCUUCGACCACAUGACUCCGAAAAAAAUGUCUUUCUUUUUGAAAGUCACAGCAUGGAUUCUUCUCGGCUGUUCCUUAAGUCUUGCCGUCUAAAUGUGGGAUUCUGGAGGAUUUUUAUCAAUUCUUGAGUUUAAAAAAUGGUACAUUUGACAGAAAAUGUGUGUAACAGACGGUGUCAACCCAACAACUGCUGCAAAAACUUAUAAGACAUAACUGAGCAUGAGAAGGGACUCAUAUCAGGUCGGUCUGAACCUGGAGGACCUGGUGAGGAGGACCUGGUGAGGAGGACCUGCUGAGGAGGACCUGCUGAGGGGGGACCUGCUGAGGAGGACCUACUGAGGGGGGGGACCCGGAUCUGGAGAAAGACUAUCUGCAGCUGAUUUCAUGAAUGUAAAAACUGUGAUUCGUUCAGGAGCUUCUGCAACAUGUAAACCUUUCGGCCGGCGUGAUGCAUUCAGGUUCAGUGUUGUGCUCGGACAAGCAGGAUGUUUUUAUAUGGCAGAGGAUCAAAACUGUUUGUUCUUCUUCCUCUGGUGACAUUAAAGAUAUUGGGAUGCCUUCAGGAACAAACUGUAAACACGAGCUUCACCGCUGGACUCAAACGCUUCUGAUUCUUCAGAAGUUUUCCACCUUAAAUCCUUUAAGGUGGAUGGACUCCACAGCGAGACGUUUAAGGACGAUCCAGAGUGUUUGGUUCUUCAUGUCACAGAGUUUUAGUUUCACAACGUGGCGUCUGAUUUUUACUCAUUAGUCCCUGUGGGAAAAAAUCCACCUUAAAAGCUUCUUUUAUUAUUAUUAUUAUUAUUAUUUUUAUUAUUAUUAUAUAAGUGUUAUUAUACAAAAUCUCAAUUAUGAGAUAAACGUUCUCAGACAUAUUUUGUAAUUGUGACAAAAAAAAUCAUUUUUAUUUAUUUAUUAUGAGUUAUGACAUCACUCAGUGUUUCUUACGCUCUCCACAGACGAACUUUAUGAUGUUUGAGGCGUUAACGAGCUAACGCUACGCUACAGAGAAUUGACUCCAUCACCACCGUCAGACGUUCUGAGUUCUGAAUAAUAAUAAAGAAAUUUUUAGUAGGUGGAUGUGUGUUUGGAGGAGACACUGUCGCGGCUUGUCGUGUCUUCGUUCACAGACGAAGCGGAUGUCGGGAGCCAUGAUGUUUCUGUCUCUGCAGGAAGUCACCGAGCCGCUCGCUCUUCUUCUCCUCUUGUUCUCCGGUAGAGUUUAGGGUUUAGGGUUUGCAGGUCAGAGUCUUGAUGAUGGUUGUGUGUCUUCUGCUUUCAGUCUUUUUUAAUUUUUUCAACAUUUACCUAAAAUAAUAACGAGUGUAGGUUGUAUGUGAUGGUUUGUGAUGUUUAUAUGCACAAUAAUAUUCACUAUUAUUAACAACAUUUAAUAUGAAAACAUCAGAUUCUCAACAUGAUAAACAACAUAAGUGGGAAAAUAAACAUGAAAUAAUUAAUAUUCAUUUAGACAUAAAUAAUCCUGGAAUAUUUUGUGCAGGUAAACACAACUAAUUAUGACAUUUCUUCUCAUUGUGUAUUUUAUGAGAAAUCAUCUCAUAAUUACAACACCUGUGUCAGCUAAUUAAGAGAUUGUUUUGUUCUUAAUGAUAAUACAGCUCAUUAACCAAUAAAUAAUCUGAUUAAUAAUCUGGUUAAUGAUCCAGUAAAUAAUCUAGUUAAUUAUUUUGUCAGUAAUAUGGUUAAUUAUCUUGUUAGUAAUCUGGUUAGUAAUUUGGUAAAUAGUCUGGUUAAUAAUCUGAUUAAUAAUCUGGUUAAUAAUCCAGUUAAUGAUCCAGUAAAUAAUCUGGUUAAUAAUACGGUUAAUGAUCCAGUAAAUAAUCUGGUUAAUAAUAUUGUUAGUAAUCUGGCAAAUAAUCUGCUAAAUAAUCUAAUGAGUCAUCUGGUUAGUAAUCUCAUUAAUGAUCCAGUAAAUAAUCUGGUUAAUAAUAUGGUUAAUAUUCUGGUUAGUAAUCUGGUUAAUAACUUCGUUAAUAAUCAGGUUAAUGAUCCAGUAAAUAAUGUGGAUAGUAACUUGGUUAAUAACCCGGUUAAUAAUACCGUUAAUUAUCCAGUAAAUAAUCUGGUUAAUAAUCCAGGUAAUAAUCUGGAUAAUAAACUGGUUAAUGAUCCAGUAAAUAUUUUUGCUUAAUUAUCUGGUUAGUAAUUUGGUUAAUGAGCUGGUUAGUAAUCUGGUAAAUAAUUUGGUUAAUAAUCUGGUUAAUAUAAAUACUGAAUAUUAAUGAUUAAAAACAGAUAUCUUGAUUUUGAGAAAUAAUUUGUGAACAUUUUUCUCCAAUUUGAGAGAUUUGGAUCUAUUUAUAAAAAAAUAAUGAAAUAAUAAUAUAUUUAUAGUGUAGUAAUAAUAUUCAAUAUUUACUUCACUUAAACUACAAAAAUAUCGGCAUCAAAAUAUACUAAAAGUAACAAAAGUAAGAAGUUAUUAUAUAGAUAAUAGAUUAUAAUUACAGCUGGUAAUUAAUCAUAUACAUCAUUGUUAUAUUUGUUUUAAUAAUCUGACAGAAAGGAUACAAUACUGUGUACCUGCAGUACUCCAUUUUGUAACCAUGAAAAUGUUUUCUCAUAAUCUUCACAGAAACUACAAAAUUUAUGUUUCAUUAUUUCAUAAGUUUUCUGCAUCUUCAUGAGAUUUUAUGAGAAAGAAUGUCAUAAUUCUGAUAGAUAUGAAAAUUUUGACUUCAUCGAUCAUGUGAGAAACGAGUGUCUGAUAAUGAUUUAUUCUCCUGAUGAAGAGGUCUGAUGGUUGUUGGUGAAUGUGUUGAAUUAGUUCUAGAUUUGAUCUGCAGACACUCAAAAUAAACUGGGUAUUAAUCCGGUUAGUAUUCUGGUUAGUAAUCUGGUUAAUAAUUUGGUCAAUAAUCUGGUUAUUAAUCCAGUUAAUAAUCUGGUUAGUAUUCUAGUCAAUAAUCUGGUGAUUAAUCCGGUUAGCAAUCCAGUUCAUAAUUCUGUUGAUAUUCUAGUUAAUAAUCCAGUUUAUAAUCUUGUUAGAAACCUGGUUAAUAAUUUGGUUAAUAGCCCAGUGAAUAAUCUGGUUAAUAACCUGGGUAAUAACUCAGUUAAUUAUCCGUUUGAUAAUCUGAUUAUUAAUUUGGUUAUUAAUCCGGUGUAUUUUUCAGUUAAUAAUCUGGUUACUAAUCUGGUAAUAUCCUGGUUAAUAACCUGAUUAAUGAUUCGGUUAAUAAUCUGGUUAAGGAUUCUGUUAAUAAUCCAGUUAAAAACCUGGUUAAUAAUCUGGUUAAUGAUUCUGUUCAUAAUCUGGUUAAUGAUCUGGUUAAUAAUAAGGAUUAAAAACCUGGUUAAUGAUUCUGUUAAUAACCUGGUUACUGAUCCGGUUGGUGUCAGUCGGGAUGUUGCGGCGCCAUAGAAACCGUAGACUGUUUGAUUAGCUGAUGUGUCGUCGGUGUUCCUCUGUAUGACUUUUAUAUACUAAACUAAUAACUGUAGAAUAUCUUUAUUUCUACCUAACAAAUGGAUGUCAACGUUCAUUAUUUUAUUCUUGGUGGUAUUUACUGUAUGUCCUUGACUGUUUUUAAUAAAAUCCAAAAUUCCUGAACA